AUGCGAGGGCCGCUGCAGCCGAGCGCUGGGCGCCCUCCUCCGCCUCACGGCGCCCCCUCGCCUCCCGCCCCCCGCGCCGCAGCCCGGCCGCCCCUACCCUCGGCCACCCCCAAACCCCCGCUGACCACCAUUUUCGACCCCAAGAAGGACCGCGGGGGGCAGGCGGGGCGGGAGACCGAGGGGCAAGUGUUUCCGAAGGGUCGUCGCCUUGGGCCGUCCAGCCCUCCCCCGGGAAAGGCCCACCAUUUUCUGCCGCCACACGCGGGGCCGCUGCGGGGCGUGGGGGCUGCGGUCUCUGCGCUGCUUCGCCCCGGGGGGCUGGACCGACCCCCCGGAGGGCUCCGCCUGCUCUCCACACCAACCCCAGGGAGCCGCUCCGGGUCCCUUACCUGGUCCCCCUGCGCCUCCGCCUCCUACUCUUGGGGCCACCCCCGGCCAGCACGCCCUCAGGGCCACCUGGAGCAGACACCCAGAAGGGAGCGAGCGAUGGCCGGGUCUGACGCUGGAGCGAGGCGCGCCAGAGUCAGCGUUGGUCGGUCAUGGCACAAUACCCAAGAUAACACCUUACAAAGGAGACCAAGAGGCAGGACUAUGUAUCAAAGGAGAUAUAACUAUGUGUCUGAACACGUCCGUUCUGGCAUUCAUUUUUCAUCCCACCAGCAGCAAGAUGGAGAUACAGCAACAACUGGCAUUCACAUGGGCACCGGAAUAAGAUAUGCUCCCUAUACCAUUCCAUGCUAUUAUCAGAGAGAAAAUUUUAAGAAACGUGACCAAACCCGUGCUAACAUGGAGAAAGAGCAAAAGCCUCCAGAGAGAAUGGAGGAGAAGCAGGAUGAGACCUCGGGGAGCUGGUUCAAGGUCAUUAUUCCAUUUGGCAUAAGAUAUGAUGAGAAGUGGUUGCUGAAUUUGAUUCAGAAGCAGUGCAGUGUCCCCUUCACUCCAGUCGAAUUUCACUACGAGAAAAUGCAGGCGCAGUUCUUUGUUGAGGAUGCCAGCAUUGCCUUCGCGUUGAAGACUGUCAACGGCAAGAUUUGGGAUGAGGAUAAUGAGAAGAUAUCUGUCAUUAUCAACCGUUCUGAUGCACCACAUUCUGUGCAGAAGGAGCUGAAGUCAGAAAAGGCAGAGAUGAUAAAGCUGACCAUGAACAAGCAAUGUGGUGUCUCCCCGGAUUCUCUUGACAUCCAAAGACUCUGCUUUGACCCUGAUUGGAUGACCUGUGAUACUGAAACAGCACCGAACCCUAGAAUCUGCAUGGCUGCCUCCCUGCAGAUCGAUGAAGGGAACAUGCCCAAGGUGAAGUCUGCAGGGCAGUUGGCCAAGGGCAAAGGGCUGUGGCCAGAAGAGAUGAGUGCAAACAGAAACAGUCUAUGCACCACCAUCCCAGAUAAGUCAACCAACAUAAGCUCCAUCCUGGAAUUGUUCCCCAAGCUAUUGUGCCUGGAUGGCCAGGAGCCACUUCCACCUACUAACUUUGGUAUUGAAGCUCACAAGAAGUUACCAACCUGCAAGGGAAGCUCCUUUGGAUCUGAUGUGCUGAAGAGUCUAGUCCUGCAAUUCCUGCAACAGUAUUACUUGAUCUAUGAUUCUGGAGUCCGACAGGGUCUCCUUGGUGCUUAUCACGAUGAGGCCUGCUUCUCCCUGACCGUUCUCUUCAAUCCCACGGACCAAGCCCCAAGCAGCUUGUUUGAGUACUUCAAGGAUAACAGGAAUAUGAAGAACCUCAAGGACCCCUACCUGCGGGUUCAGCUGCUGAAGCAUACAAAACGUGACAUUGUGUGUUCCCUCUGUGUGUUGCCCAAAACUCAGCAUGACCUCCUCUCCUUUGUGGUGGACAUGUGGUUCCAGACGGAAAGGAUGCUCUGCUUCUCUGUCAACGGGGUGUUCAAGGAAGUGGAAGGAAAGUCUCAAGGUUCUGUGCAUGCCUUCACCCGGACCUUCAUCGCUAUCCCUGCCAGCAGUUCCGGUCUAUGCAUCGUGAAUGAGGAGCUGUUUGUGAGGGAUGCCAUCCCUGAUGAAAUUCAGAGUCUUCAUCUUCCAUCUGACCGCAUACCCUCCUUCAGCUCCCUACCCUCACUGUCACAGGAGCAGCAGGAAAUGCUGGAGGCUUUCUCCACCCCAUCUGGGAUGAGCCUCCAAUGUUCUCAGAAGUGA